GCCUAAUCCAAUCCAAUGAACUGACUAACCUUUCUUAUGGUCAGUCUGUCCGCCGGUUCGGCUGCAGUCAGCUUCCUGGUCUUUCAUCGGGUCUCGAUUUAUGCCUAUUCUACUCGGAUGCGGCCAUUCCGUCUUCCGUACAGGCUCCCUGGCCGACAGGUACAGUACAUAGGUAAUAUCUGCGCCAUGUAGAAUUAAAUUUCUUCCGCCCCCUCUCCCUUUUCCUUCGUUUCUUCUUCCUUCAGACGUGAUUCUGGCUCUCGCGAAAUUGUUUGUAGGGCUGAAUGUGCGCGUGAAUGUGAUCGUGAUCCCCUCUACCUCUUGGUGUUUCCUUGCUGGUGAUGUUAUUUAUCCCUCAUCUCCACUGGGCCUACGGUACGUGUUAAGAUGGGUUCCCAACCGACAAAUCCCGCUCCCUUCGGGUCCUCAGCGGUCUCCACGGAGGCGAUGCUGCAAUUUGAAAACACCAUUCGUCAGCAUGCGGAAGAAAAUCACCACGACCGUAUCGCUUCGAUCGAAGAGAAGUCCGACAGCUCGGAUACCGCCGGUGCGAACUCGGAGGAUGGCAUUGAACGUGAUGGCCAAGAGAAGAUCGCGGAGCUGGCCCGAAGACUCUCUGUGAUCUCGCAGAAAAGCUUCGUGGGUGAUGGAACUAACACCUUCCUCAACCCGACGAGCGACCCGGAGCUGGACCCGAGCUCGGAUCGGUUUAACUCGCGCAAAUGGACCAAGAACCUCCUGCAUAUCACCUCUCGCGACCCGGACCGAUAUCCUCGACGUACGGCGGGCGUGUCCUUUCGCAACCUGAGCGCCUUUGGAUAUGGUACUGCCGCAGACUAUCAAACCGACGUGGCCAACAUGUGGCUGAAGGGCUUCGGGUGGCUGCGUAACACGCUCGGGUUCGGGAAUAAAGUUCGUAUUGAUAUUCUACGGAACUUUGAAGGCUUCGUUCGUAGCGGGGAGAUGCUGGUUGUUUUAGGUCGUCCAGGAAGUGGUUGCUCGACCUUUCUCAAAACCAUUGCCGGGGAGACCCACGGUCUCUGGCUGGAUGAAGGGACUGAUAUCCAAUACCAGGGUAUCUCUUGGGACGAGAUGCACAGUCGCUUCCGUGGAGAAGUCAUCUACCAGGCCGAAACCGAAAUUCAUUUCCCGCAGCUCACCGCGGGCGAGACACUACUGUUUGCAGCCCAUGCUCGAGCUCCGGCCAACCGAAUCCCCGGAGUUUCUCGUGAUCAGUAUGCGACGCAUAUGCGAGACGUCGUCAUGGCCAUGCUGGGCUUGAGUCAUACCAUGAACACCCAGGUGGGUAACGAAUUCAUCCGUGGCGUGUCGGGAGGAGAACGGAAGCGAGUGAGUAUCGCGGAGACGACUCUCUGCGGUUGCCCUUUGCAGUGCUGGGAUAAUAGUACCCGUGGCUUGGACAGCUCAACGGCUCUCGAGUUCGUGAAAAAUCUUCGGCUGUCGACCGAGUAUACCGGGUCAACGGCGGUGGUUGCCAUCUAUCAAGCUAGUCAGGCCAUUUAUGAUAUUUUUGACAAAGCAAUCGUCCUUUACGAGGGCCGUCAAAUUUAUUUCGGCAAUGCCCAUGACGCAAGACGGUUUUUCAUUGACAUGGGGUUCGACUGUCCGGAUAGACAGACUACGGCCGAUUUCUUGACUUCUCUCACAAGUCCCACAGAGCGUCGGGCUCGAAAGGGGUUUGAAAAUCUCGUCCCUCGCACGCCUGACGAGUUUGCCGCUCGCUGGAGAGAUAGUCUUGAGCGACAGCAACUCCUUACAGAUAUUGACCAUUUCCAAAACGAAUUCCCCAUCGGAGGCAGCAAGCGACAGGAGUUCGAUCGCUCCCGUGCUGCAGAGAAGGCUAAGUCAACCCGGGCAGCUUCUCCGUACACCUUGUCUUAUUUCGGUCAAAUCCGUCUUUGUCUUUAUCGGGGAGGUCUUCGCCUCAAGGGUGACAUGAGCAUGACCUUGACCUCGGUCAUCGGCAACAGUAUCAUGGCGCUGAUUGUCGCAAGCGUCUUCUACAAUUUGGACGAGACCACCAACAGCUUUUUCUCUCGCGGCGCCCUUUUGUUCUUCGCUAUUCUACUCAAUGCUUUCGCGAGUGCCCUGGAAAUUUUAACUCUCUGGCAGCAACGACCCAUCGUGGAAAAACAUGACAAGUAUGCGCUAUAUCACCCAUCGGCUGAAGCCAUUAGCUCCCUAAUCGUCGAUCUUCCGGCGAAGGUACUGGUGUCUAUCGUCUUCAAUAUUAUCAUAUACUUUAUGACAAACUUGCGCCGUACACCCGGGCAUUUCUUCAUAUUUUAUCUUUUCUCAAUAACGACAACGCUGACCAUGUCCAAUAUCUUCCGAUGGAUUGGCGCAAUCUCACGGUCCAUGGCUCAAGCCAUGGUUCCUUCGUCUAUUUUCAUGUUGAUUCUGAUUAUCUACACGGGCUUUACCAUUCCAGUUCGAGAUAUGCAUCCAUGGUUCCGGUGGCUUAAUUAUCUGGAUCCAAUCGCGUAUGCGUUCGAAUCUCUCAUGAUCAACGAAUACAGCAAUAGGCAUUUCGAUUGUGCCCUUUAUGUGCCUUCGGGACCAGGAUACGAAAACACUCCCCUAUCCUCGAAGGUCUGCUCUGGAAAUGGUGCUGUCGCGGGUCAGGACUAUAUUGAUGGCGACACCUAUCUCAACUCAACUUUUCAGUAUUACCAAUCGCACCUGUGGCGCAACUAUGGUAUUCUUCUGGGGUUUCUUUUCUUUUCCUUGGCAGCCUACAUCAUCUCCAGUGAGUUGGUUCGGGCCAAGCCCUCGAAGGGUGAAAUUUUGGUCUUCCCCCGCGGGAAGAUCCCGACGUUCACGAAGAAAGCCCACCAGGACGAGGAAGGCGCACCCACUCCUGAGAAGCAGCAGGCACUGGAAACCGAAGCCCAGGACCAUACUGGUGCGAUUGCCAAACAGACAUCGAUAUUCCACUGGGAGGAUGUUUGCUACGACAUCAAGAUCAAGGGCCAGAAUCGACGCAUUCUAGAUCAUGUUGACGGGUGGGUGAAACCAGGGACCCUGACGGCGUUGAUGGGAGUGACUGGAGCGGGCAAGACAUCCCUUCUGGACGUGCUGGCCAACCGUGUGACCGUGGGAGUCGUUACCGGUGAUAUGCUAGUCGACGGCCGUUUGCGGGAUGACUCUUUCCAGCGCAAAACGGGGUAUGUUCAGCAGCAGGAUUUACAUUUGGAAACAAGCACCGUCCGAGAGGCGCUCAUUUUCAGUGCCUUGCUCCGUCAACCCGCCAGUACUCCGCGCCAGGAAAAGCUCGAAUAUGUGGAAGAAGUGAUAAAAAUGCUCAACAUGCAGGAAUACGCUGAAGCCGUGGUCGGAGUUCUCGGCGAGGGCCUGAACGUUGAGCAGAGAAAGAGAUUGACCAUCGGCGUGGAAAUCGCGGCCAAGCCCGGUCUUCUGCUCUUUUUCGACGAACCGACUUCUGGGCUUGACAGCCAGACCGCGUGGUCCAUUUGCUCCCUCAUGCGAAAGCUGGCUGACCAUGGCCAAGCCAUUCUCUGCACGAUUCACCAGCCGUCGGCAAUCUUGAUGCAGCAGUUUGAUCGGUUGCUGUUCCUGGCCAAAGGAGGACGCACGGUCUACUUUGGUGAGCUCGGCCCCAACAUGGAAACCCUGAUCAAGUAUUUCGAGAAGAAAGGCUCGCCCAAAUGCCCCCAUAACGCCAAUCCCGCCGAGUGGAUGCUGGAGGUUAUCGGCGCUGCCCCCGGAUCUCAUGCGGAGCAGGAUUGGGGAGAGGUCUGGAAAGAAAGCCCCGAGCGAGUUCAGGUCCGACAGGAGCUUGCCGACAUGAAGGCCGAAUUGUUGCAGCGGCCGCCUCCUCCUAAAACGGUUGAAUACGGAGAAUUUGCGAUGCCGAUUUGGUCCCAAUUCCUCAUUUGUCUCCAGCGAAUGUUUCAGCAGUACUGGCGCAGCCCGGCGUACAUCUACUCCAAGGCAACCACGUGUAUUAUCCCGCCCCUGUUCAUUGGCUUCACGUUCUGGCGAGAACCGACGAGUUUCCAAGGCAUGCAGAACCAGAUGUUUGCCAUCUUCAUGCUGCUCGUUAUCUUUCCCAACCUGGUCCAACAAAUGAUGCCAUACUUCUGUACGCAGCGAUCCUUGUACGAGGUCCGCGAACGUCCCUCGAAGGCCUAUUCGUGGAAAGCAUUCAUGAUGGCCAGCGUAGUGGUCGAGCUGCCGUGGAACAUCCUCAUGGCCGUCCCGGCGUUUUUCUCCUGGUAUUAUCCGAUCGGCCUCUACCGCAACGCCUAUGCGACGGACGCGGUGACCGAGCGAGGGGGCACCAUGUUCCUGCUUAUCUUGAUAUUCAUGAUGUUCACCUCUACGUUCAGUUCGAUGAUCAUUGCCGGAAUCGAGCACCCGGAGACAGGCAGUAACAUUGCCCAGCUGCUGUUUUCAUUGUGCCUCAUUUUCAACGGUGUCUUGUCAACUCCGGAUGCGCUUCCCGGCUUUUGGAUUUUCAUGUACCGAGUCUCUCCCUUUACAUACCUGGUGAGCUCGGUGUUAUCAGUUGGUUUAUCGGGGACGGAUGUCGACUGUUCGGACAUUGAACUCCUGCGCUUGCCGCCUCCUGACGGACAGAACUGCUCGACUUUUCUCGGGCCCUUUGCGGAAGGAGCGCAAAGCCGACUGAUAAACCCCGAGUCCGACACCGAGUGUCUGAUGUGCACGUUCAAGAAAACGGACCAGUUCUUGGACGGCUUGUCCAUCCACUACGACGAUCGCUGGCGCAACAUUGGAAUCUUGUUUGUCUACAUCGUUUUCAACGCGGUGGCCGCCGUCUUUCUGUAUUGGCUGCUGCGCGUGCCGAAGAAGAAAUCGCGCAAAGAGAACAAGGAAUAGAUAGAUGCGUUGAUUUGUCAGAUGUAAUAUAGGAGGUUGCCGUUGUUGUCAUUUUUCUUUUUCUUUUCUUUUUUCUUGACGUUUGUCUCCCCUCUUCUUCCAGAUAUAUUUCUUUUUCUUCUUAAAUGAUCAGCCCCUAUGCAUAUAGCUGUCUCAGAAAUAUUAGUUCUAUUUUCCAUUCUGCAU